CACAGCUGUAUUACAUGCAGCUUGUCAACUGUCACGGUUUCGAAUCGAUAUUCGAUAGUGUUUUGUGUUUUUAUUGCUAUAAAUAAUAUUAUAAUGGAUUUAGGCAGUGAUAGUUUAGACAUUAUGAAAUUAAUGAUCGUAAAGGGUAAUAUUGAAAAUAUAACUCCUCAUAAAAUAGCAGUGGUUGCGUUUAUACGAGAAUAUGGUCUACUUAAAAUAGAAGCAAACAGGAUGAUAGAUUGCACUGUUGCUCCUAAAUAUAGGAAAGAUUUCUGUAUGCUGGCAUUAAAACUUAUUCAGUGUCCAGAUAUGGAGUUUAAAGAACUGGAAGCACUUCUCACUGAUGGCCGCUACAAUCUGUUGAGUGUCCAUCUCCAAAACUUUUGUGUACGCCUGCAAAACAUAUAUGUUAAUGGAGUCAGUGCUCUGACAGAUUGUGUGACUUCUACAAUAGACAAGCUAAUGAUUGAGUCUAAUCCUUGUAUAAUGGCUAGGUACAGUGUAUUAGGUCUAUACUUAAGAAGAAUUUUGCUACAUUUGGAUAAGUUAACUUUUGUACAAGUUGUGUCUUUGUAUAAGUCAUUCUGUUUGUAUUACCAAAGAGGAAGACCAGGCCUUAUGAUGAGAUCUUUGAGUAAAGAGAAAUUGAAUAAUAUGGAACAACAAGGAAAUUCUACAUCACCAGUUAUACCAGAGGAAUCAAAACCACUUGAGCUCUCAAUGAAAAUGAACAUUAUUGAUAGGGAUAACAGUUUUGAAGAAUGCCAAUGGUCAAGAAAACAAGCUGAAUUAUUUACAGCUCAACAAGCCAAUCUGUUACAAAUCAAUGAAAAGAAAGCCAUGCCACCAAGACAGCUACAGAAAACAAUUAUACAAAUUAUGAAUGAUAUACCUGAAUAUCCUGAUAUUCAUUUUCUCAGCUUCCUAAACUGUAUUCGAACAAAAGAAUUCAGUGGUGCUCAGGACUCUCUUUAUAAUUACUUUGAUCGCACAAUAUUCAAUUCUUCUGGAAAUAAUACUGGUACCGACAGGAACAAAAAUUUCCGCUACGCUGCAUUGAACAGGGCUGCUAUGCAUACGCAUUUCGGUCACAGAUCUGUGGCAAUGGAAGCGGUUCGAGAAGCCUUAGCGCGUGCGCAAGAGGCGGCAGAUUACGCGUGCCUUGUAGGUGCUGCGACGUGGGGUGCGCUGGCGGGCGGGCGAGCUCGGCGCGCGGCGCUACUGACGCGAGCCCCGCGCAGCAGCCCGCCGCCCGCCGCGCCCACAGUGCCGCCCGCCGCCACGCCCUCGCAUCCGCGACACACGGCCGCUGCCGCGCAACUGCUGGCGCAGCAUGCUGCCGCUAAUGGCGCUAAGCCAGCCUACAUCUUUCAGGUCAUUAUGCGGGGUGAUUCUAUAAACUAUCUACAUUCGAUGACUGAUUUGACAAUGGCUGGGCUGGCGAAUACGGCUGCGUUAUGGGCCUUGUAUGGAAAGACUGAAAUGGCAUCAAUAGCUUGUCAAUUACUGCUCGACCUCAAUACCAGUAUGUCUGUCGCGACGGGCGGCGCGGGCGCGGCGGCGUGCGCGGCGUGGCGCGGCGCCCCCGCGCUGGCGCACGCGCUCGCCUCGCACCUGCGCUGCCCGCGCGCGCACCAGGUCGCCACCCGCUACCACGCCCACUCCGCGCUGCGGGCAGGAAAAUGGGAGGAGGCAGACCAAAGCAUACGUCAGCUGGCAUCUUCUGAUAGAUGGGAAAGUCAGCUUCUAAAAGCCGAAAUGUAUUACCUGAAAGGAGAUGCGAGCGAGGCUCUGGAUUCCCUAUAUGAUAUCCUCGAUUACUGUAAAACAGAAGAUGAUAGCCUCCAUUUCGUAUCACUAAGAGUCAAAGCAAUGAUACUCAUGUCACAAGUCCAACAUUCCUACAGUAAUAUUCAAUCAACUAACAUAAGAGUGCUUAAUGAGGCACUGUGGCUAGCUAAGGGAUAUCACUUGCACUACCUAGCUGCUAGUGCAGAAAUGCACUUGGCAAAUGUACAAUUAAGUAUGGGCUGUGCGAAGAAUGCAUUAUCACUAGUCAGAAAAGCUUUGCCCACGAUUAUGGCAGACGGAAGUGCAUACGAUAUGGCGAGAGCCAUGUUGCUUUAUACGAAAUGUCGCAUAGCAACAGCGGCUCCUUGCGGUGAAGCCAGAUUACAAGUACUUCAAUCUUGCUGUGAGGCUCUAGAAUCUGUCAAAAAGAACUUCACUAAAGUUGGCGCACAUUUACGUUUAUUACAAACAUGGUAUUUACAGGCUCAAUUGUACCACGACAUCGGUAAUCACGCUGCAAGAAAUCAAUGCGCCUGGAUGUAUAGACAGUUAGAAAUGCAAAAUUCUGUGGAACCGUCAAAUAUGUUGCUUGUUAUGUAUUAAAAAAUGCAAUUUGAAAAA